AUGGCUUCGGAAACGCCGCACCUGAAACAAUCACUUGACUGCAUUCGGGAGCUGAAAGCAGUGCCUGACGUCAUCAAUCUUGAUGGUCAUAAACUCACAGUUGCAGCUCUCAAACGUAUUGCCAGUGAUAGCAAAGUCAAAGUCAAACUGACAGAAAAUGCAGUGAACGAAAUUGAAAAGAACGCUAAAUUCUUACAGAAUUUAGCCGACAAUGAUAGCAGCGGAGCUGAUAUCGCAAUGGCGGCAUACAUGUCUGAGUUAGACCACGUUGUUAAUCCAAUGAGUAAUCACGUGGUAAGUGCUGAACUUCACAACCAAUCAGUGAACUCGUUAGCACUGAUAAGUUGCCGCCUCACUAAAGAAGCUUUGGAAAUUAUACAGAUGAUGCUUGCCAACCACUUAAACAUGCUUGUUCAGGCUGUUGACCUUCGAUACCUUCGCAAAUUGGCUUUGGAAAAAACUUCUAAAUUCAGUUCAAAAUAUAUUCAAAUUGCCGACUGCAUACAACCGAAAUGGUACGAAUUUAUGUUCACACCCAUGAGACGAUAA